UAAAGAUACUAGAGGUGCUGGCUUGUGCAGACGCUAGAAUUCCAGGGAGCAGCCAUUGAAUAAUACAUAUGUUCUGCAUCUUCAACUGUACGCUCAACCAGACUGGUUCAGGCAUGUGACAACCUUUGAGAACACGUUACACAGACUGCUGCUGAUUUGUGAGAGAAGCUUCCCAGGUGUCAGGAUGACUGAGAGGUAUGACUGCCACUACUGCAAGGAGUCCCUGUUUGGGAAGAAGUAUGUCCUUCGGGAGGAUAAUCCGUACUGUGUCAAGUGCUAUGAGAGCCUGUACUCCAAUGCCUGUGAGGAAUGCAAGAAACCCAUUGGCUGCAACAGCAAAGACCUGUCCUACAAAGACCGCCACUGGCAUGAAGACUGCUUCCAUUGUUUCCAGUGUAAGCGCUCACUGGUAGACAAGCCCUUCUCUGCCAAGGAGGAGCAGCUGCUCUGCACUGAGUGCUAUUCCAAUGAGUACUCCUCCAAAUGCCAUGAGUGCAAGAAGACUGUUAUGCCAGGCACUCGUAAGAUGGAGCACAAAGGCAAUAGCUGGCAUGAGACCUGUUUCAUCUGCCAGCGCUGCCAGCAGCCCAUUGGAACCAAAAGCUUUAUUCCCAAGGACAAUCAGAACUACUGUGUGCCAUGCUAUGAGAAGCAGUUUGCCAUGCAAUGUGUGCAGUGCAAGAAGCCCAUUACCACAGGAGGAGUGACUUACCGUGAUCAGCCCUGGCACAAGGAUUGCUUUCUGUGCACAGGAUGCAAGAAUCAGUUGUCUGGACAGCGCUUCACUUCUCGAGACGAGUUCCCUUAUUGCCUCAACUGCUUCUGCAACCUCUAUGCCAAGAAAUGUGCAGGAUGCACUAAUCCAAUCAGUGGAAUUGGAGGAAGCAAGUACAUCUCCUUUGAAGAGCGUCAGUGGCACAAUGACUGCUUCAACUGCAAGAAAUGUUCCGUCUCCUUGGUGGGGCGAGGCUUCCUUACAGAGAGAGAUGACGUCCUUUGCCCUGAAUGUGGCAAGGAUAUCUAAAACCACUAAAAAACAUAACCA